CGGGAGUGCGGGCACAGACCCUGGCACAGGUUUGCUGAGCGUGGCGGCAGCGCUUUGCAGGCUCUCGCUGCAGUGCAUGGCCCGGGGCCAGACAGGGCCGCUGAGCUUUGCCGUGCCCACCCCUGCCGCCGGCUGGGGUGCCCGGUGCCGGCAGCACGGGGGUGAGCCUGGAGCGAGCAUGUGGCUGCAGUACCCGCUGCCAGGCCAGGCUGGUGCCAGGACCGGGCACAGAGGUGUUGGGAGCAUGUGAUGCCAAGCCUGCUCGGGGCAGGAGGAGAGAGAGAGAGAAGACAGAGAGAAGAGAGAGAUGGGGAUUGGGCACACGGUACUGGCUGCACCACCCACCACAGCCACCAACACGGUCCUCAGCACCCCCCACCAGCUGCCCACGGGCAGAACUCCCGUAGGCUCACCAUAAUAGCUUUACCAGGCAUUGGAAAUGCACUGGGCGAACUGGAACGCCGAUGGGGCUGGGAGGAGGUGCCUAAUGUGAGAGGUGGGGCUGACAAGUAGGUGGAGCCUGUGCCUUGCGAUGGGCUAGACCUGGUAGUUAAUUAGCCAAGGCAAAUUAACAAGCAUUUGUUCAUCCCCGUGGCAGCCCCUCUGCUCAUCACCAUCACCCCUGGGUGUAGGAGUCAGAGAGGGAGUGCAUGGGGACUGCUGCCCUUGCAUGGGUGGGCUCAUCCUGCAGGUUUGGGGCUCAGCCCCCUCUGCCUCAUCAUCGUGGAAUCAUGCUAUCGUAGAGUUUUUUAUGUUGGAAAAGACGUCUGAGAUCAUCAAUCCAACCCUUAACCCAGCACUGCCAAGCCUACUGUUAAACCAUGUCCCUAAGUGCCACAUUCAUGUGUUUUCUGAGUACCUCCAGCAGUGGUGACUCCACAGCUUCCCUGGUUGUUCUGUUCCAGUACCUGACAACCCUUUUGGUGAACAAAUUCUUCCUCAUGGAGGAUGGAUGCCCCCUCCCUAGGAUAUUGAGGGCCUGGGUGUUGGGGAGCGUGGCGGUGGCUGGUGCUGCUCUGAGAUGUGAGAGGUGCUGUCUGCAUGGGGACAGGGAGGAUGGGGAGUGAGGGAAGCAGCACUGAGCCCUGAGGCUGCAGGGAAGGAGCUGCACCUGGGACUCUGCAGCACAGGAGGCACAGCAGAGAGGCUGCUCCUUGAGCAGGGGGCUGGACGACUGUGGCGGGUCAGGAGGAGCCCUCACAAUGCUGAAGGGGAGAGGGAGCCAGGAGUCUGGAGAAGUGGUGUUUGGAGGAUGGAGGAAGGUUUAUGUGCAGGUCAGGAGCCUGGUGGGGCAGCAGGAGGAGCAGAGGAGUGUGCAGCAGGGGUUCUGCCCUGUAGUGAGUCUGUGUGGAGUCACUGUGCGUCACACAGUGGUCCUUUGGGGACCGUGCACCUUUGCUGCAGGUGGGUGUGGGGUGAAGUGUGUGCAGAAUGGGAGGCAUGCACUGACCCGGGGAGGGGUGGCCUGUCCUGGGCGGACAGCAGCUGGGUCACCCUGUUUCCAUGCUCUGGUGUGCAGCUGCACCUCUCUGUGGCCACACCAGUCUGGGCCCCACUGCUGCUGCCCAGCAGCAGAGCACAGCCUGAUUUCCCCAGGUGCCCGUUCCCGUUGUGCUGACGCACUCUUCCCUGCUCCCAAUUCCCAGCCGCCAGCCCUCACCACCGCCUUUCUGGGGCAGCUGAGGAAGGGACGCAGCAGCCAGGAUUGCCUAACCUGCAGUGUGAAUGUCACCCUGCCUUGGGCACUCCUCCCAGCAGGCUCUUGGCCAUGGAUGCACCACCAUUGAGCAAACGGCCUCCCAAAAAGGCAUCCCUGGGCCAGAGACACCUCGGGAGCUGUGCAGGCUCUGGGGCACUGGGUUGAGCAAGGAGCAGGACAGCUCCUGGUGUGGCUUUGUCACUGUGGUGGCACAGAACUGUCUUUGUGGUGUGCUGUGGCUGCGCCAAGAGAGUGCCACAUCCUGCCCGGUGCUGGACAGGUUUCCAGGGAUCACGGAAAUUCCACUCGUAGCUCUGCCAUCCUUGCACUGGGAAGGGACACCCCAUCCUUGUUCCCUGGGGCACUCUGAGCUAGGUCAUCAGCCACUUCUAGGGCCAGAGGGAUGUGUGCAGGGUCCCCAGGCAGGAUAAAAUCUUCCUCUGGACUUGGCAUCCCAGGCCCGUGUCCGGAGGUAUUGGAAUGCCCUUGCUCCACUGGCAAGAUCAGCUCUUUCUCUGGGCUUGGGGUCCUGCUUCUGUGUGUCUGGAGGUGUUGCGGUGUCCUUGCUCCAUCUGCCUCUCUCCGGUGGUGGUCUCUGGUGGGCACAGAGCCCCUUUUCUCCCUGGUGCACUGCCAGGCUGAAGAUCUCUGUGGGGCCAGCACUGGCUCUCCCCAAGAUGCCUCAGGUCCCUGCUGGUGGCCGGGGGGGCUCCACGCUGCCCAUCUCUGUACUCAAGCUGGGGAGCUCCUCCUGCACCAGCUCAGCAGUCCCCCUUGCUCACACAAGCCCGAUUUAGCUUCUCUAAUCUCUUGCCCUGAAUCUGUCGCUCCACCCCACUAAUGAUUUUCUCCUGCUCUUCUCCCAGGUUCCCUGAGUGUGUCAGUGCUCACUGUGGGGAGUGGGGAGAGCCUGUGUGGGGCUGGCCAGGCUGGUGCAGGCACUACCAGGGGCACACCAUCCCCACUAUCCCACGCUGACCCCCCCAUGCCCCACUGCACUGCCCCUCUCCUGCUGCAGGCUCUCCCUAAUGCCCCAAAUCCAUGGGUGCAGGUAGAGUGCAUUGACCCUUCUCACACCAGCACCAGGCCGGUCCAGGGGCUUCCCAGGUUCACCCAGGGAACCUCUAGAUCCUUCCAGACAGCCCCGACCCCUGCCAUAGCUCCAUUGCUCCUAGACUUGCUAAAGCCUUUAUCACCUCUCAGCUGCAUCUCCUGAAUUUUUUCCCUGUAAACUGGAUUAAAUCACCUCUUAAGAACCCGAGCUAAUCUCCUUUUAGAGCCCAGCCCUCGUUCACUGUGCCAGCACUGCCUGAUCUUCCCCACCCAGGCUGCCUCUCAUUUCAAGGUUGGAUGUGUCCAUCUUGGGUUCCCAGUGCAGAGCCUUGCUCCAUUCGCCUCCACCUGCACUCAGCAAUCAAACUGUCUUGGAGCCAUCCCUCUGUCCAGGAAACAGCCUGCACCUGCCUGGAUUUGGGGCAGGAAAGGGGGCAGAGGCUUCCUGUGUGCGGUGGCCCUGCACAAACCCUUCCUGGACGAGGAGUUACAGUAGGGGGAUGUUGGCAUAAUUUUUUCAGCUGAUGGUGCAUGGCAGUGGCAAUGGAGCCCACUGGGGACGGCUGUGCUGACAGUGUCCCUGGUGGCUCAGCAUCUCUGGCCGUUUAUCUCAGUGCCUAAUUUUAGUCCCGUAGUUUGCAGCACCGUGCCCGUGUUUAACGCCAGCUGCCCCAGAGUGGCUCCCACCUCUGCCCCCAUCCACCUGGGCAGGGGUCUGGUGUGGUGCCCACGUGUGCCAGAUUCCCAUCCCAGGGUCUGUCAGAGCGAGACGUCUGCUCCCGGUGAGCGGGGUGGUGAGUGCAGCUGUCCAGUCAGUCACCUCCACCCCUGCCCUCUCGCCUGCUGCUGGAGGGUUAUUUUUGCUGAGGAAUGUGCCAUCCCCUCGGAUUCUGGCAGCCUGCAGGGCUUGUGUUACAGGCAAGAGGCCGAAACCCAGGCCUGCAGUUGGGUAAAUAUAGCACCAAUAUUCGGGACUGCAUGAGGGGACGACAGCCUCUUCCUCCUUCCAGGGCUGCCCAUCACUCCCAUUGCUCUUCCUGCCUCCUGACACCAGGUUGCUGGAAGGGGCUGCUUCCACCCUGCUGCCUGCACUCUUGCCUGCUUUCCCCCACAGCAUGCAGCCCCUCACUCCCAGCUGGGGGGUGUGCCGGAGGUUGGCAGGCCAGGGAUGCAAUGCCUCGUGCCAGCCCGCUCCAUGCCCAGACACCCAGAGCCAAGGUCACAUUGCUGCUUUGCAUCCCUGCGUUCUGCGCCUGCAGUGAGCAUGGUGUGCUCAGGCAUCCUUCUUGUGGCAGCAAAGGGAGGCAAAGCUGGAGAGGGCACCGGGGUGUCCCAGCCCCUGGGAGAGGGGGGACAGCAUGGCACUGCUCCUCCACAGGCUCACAAGGAUUCUGUGGUGCUGCCCUGCCGGGUGACGAGGAACAUUCUGCUGCUGAAUUCAUUUUCCCUGGGGACAGAACUACGGAAGUUGCCCACCUACCCAGGCUCCCAGCACAUCCCCACCUCCCGCCGACCAUCCCCAGCAGCUCCAGGAGGUGCAAACGCAUGAAAGAUUCAUGGCCAGACCUCCUCCUACUCGCGACGCCGCAUGCACGCACCGCCAUCAAUUAUUCAAGCACUGAGACAAGGGGCUGCUGUCUGGGACCAGGGGCAGGGGCUGGUGCCAGGCCAGAGCCGUGGGAGCGGGUCAGGAUCUGUGCAGAGCAGCCGGGAGGCCAGCAAGGUGUGGAGGGCUGUGGUUCCCUGGAAGGGUGGAAUGAAUGCUGCAGUUUGAGCAAGUGUUUGCUGUCUGCUUUGCCUGGGGCCGAUGUGUGUCCGGCAGGCAAAGCUGGAGCUGGGUGGCGGUGGGGCCACCUGCUCCAGGUCUGCUUCUUGUCCAUGCCACAGCUGCACUGGCUGCCACUCUCUGCUAGGUCCCUGACCUGCAGAGGAGCAGGGCAUCAUCAGGGCUGCCCCUGGGCUAGGGCAGGGCAGAAGGGCAGCCCUAGCUGCAGGUGACCAUCACCUCCCGUAGGACACCUUCUGCAGUGACUUUUGGUGCCUGCAAUAGCCUCUUGGAGGUGACCCAGCUAUUCCCAGAGGUUCAGCAUCUUUGGGACAGCCCAGAGUCACUCCUGAAGCUUUUGCUGAGGGGUGGCUACAGAGUCACAGUUGCGGGGAAGAGCUGUGUGCCCAGCCAACCAGGAGCUGUGACAGUGGGCAGCAGAUGUAGGAUAGUUGCAGGAUACAGAACUGACUGUGUUUUGGCUGGACAAAGGUGGUCCUCCCUGAGGCUGUCCUUGUGGGUGCUUUGGUGACAGCACCCUCGCCACUGUGUGACACAUCAAAGCCUUGGUGCUUCUUCCCAGCACCCCUGAUGAGUAUUUUAAUCCCACUUGAGUGUGAAAAGAAUGCACAGGCUGUGUGUCUGCACAGGCAUGCACAGAUAGGGUGAGAGUACCUGGCAGGGAAGCCCGGGGUGCAGGUACCCUGGAACACAUGAGCCCCACAGUUCACCUCUUUUCCUAGCUCUGGCUCAAAGGUACCCAUUUCUGUCCCCACACAGGGCUGGCGGGGGGCAGCAGAGACCUCUGUCUCUGACAGGAGAUUCCCUUAAUGCCAGCUGUAGCAUUUGUAGGACUUGUCUGACGUGCAGGGUCUCCACGGAAACCCCGCAGCAUCACUCGAAUUGUGGGACUGACAGAAAUGUUGUAUAAACAGCUCCUUUUGUACUGGGUAAUUUGCAAGUUAUUAUGGAGCCAUGAAAAGCCUCACGUUUGGAGUCAUGAGCUGGGAGGGGAAGCAGAGAAAAGCUACCAGAGCUGCCAGGCACCGUGGGGAGCGUGAUGCCUGUGAGCAGCUCCUUGUGGAGCAGCUGGCUCCCCAGGGGACAGGUGAGCAGCGUGGGGACAAGCACUGGGUGGGGAGGCCUCCAGCAGCGUCCCCAUGGAUGCUCUGCGGUGGGAAGGGGCAGCUCAGACAGAUGGUGAGGCCAGGACCUUGGCAGCCUCUCCAAGGGCCUGGAAAGGGCGCUGAUGAAUGCUGCAGGGCUUGGUGGGUUGAUGAGGGAAGGUAUCGAGCUGUGGGGCACCAAGAGCUGUGAGGGGCAUGGCUUGCAAGACAGGACCUGCUGAGGCUGUGAGGCUGGGACUGCCCCUCUGGCUCAUUUGUAGCAUCAUGCAGAAAACUGGGACAGGCAGCAGGGCUCAGGAUGGUCAGCUGGAGAAGGUGUGCCAGGCUUCUGCCAGCAUCCCAGGGGCACUUAUAGGUCUUAAUGUCCCUGACCAGCCUCAAUGGGCACUCCCACCCACAGCUUCUGCCCACAUCCCAGGAGCCCCAUCACAGCUGGGUCCUGGCACAGAGUCCUGCUCUGAGCUGUGCUGUGGGCCCCCACCCCAGCAUGAAGGGAGGUCUCGUGUCUCAUGCCACAUGGACAGGGACAGCAGCCUGCCUUCCCAGGUCAAGCUAGUCUCCCCAUCAGCCAAAAAGCAGUGAUGCUACGACAGGGCUGAGCAGCCCAGCCCUGCAAACCCAUGUGGGUCCUGAGGCACCCGGGGGGCAGGGUACAAGGUUUCUCUUGGCAGCAGCACUGGGGCUGGAGGCUGUGUGGUUUGCCAGGGGAAUUGAUGUGAAGCACUGCGCCCAUAUUAGCUCCUGUCCAUGGACAGUCGUGCUGUGACCCACACCCAUGUCUUGGCAAGGGGAUCUUUCUGCAUUACCGAUGCCUGGGGGAUGUGGGGGACUGAGCAGAGGCUGGCAGAGUGAUGGUGAGCCUGUAUCUUGGCUGGGCAGUGCCGUGGCACACUGCAAACGUGCUGCUGGGUGCAGGCUUGUGGCAGCUGCGGCACUGAGUCCCCGUUUGAGAGCACUUUGGGGACAGCACACAGAGCACUGCUGUGUCGUGUUGUUUCUAUCCCAGCUGGUCUGCCUGUGGGGGCUGUAGUGGGGGGCUGUGUCCUCAGAGAGAAGUGCAGCCCCUGUCCUGGGCAGUGGGGCAGGAUGGACAGGGGACAGGGAACAGUGGUACAGCUGCACUGCCUGGCAGGGGGCUCGGACCCUCCCUGCCGUGUAGACAAAGCCAGAGGUGGAGAAACCACGUACCCGCCUCAGACACGCCCCCUCCCUCCCCUCUACGACGGUGGCCCUCGCCCCCCACCACCUGUGCCCUGCCUGUCCCCCACCGCUGUCACUGUGUGCCAGGGCUGGCGGGGAGGCGGAGGCGGAGGCAGGCGGGGGAAGGAUGGAGGGAGGAGCACUCCAGUGAUGCUUCAUGCUCACAGCUCCAGCCCUCCCGAGAGCCCAACCUGGCGAGCCCCUUCCUCUCCCUCCACCGUUCCCGGCUGCCGGCGGUGAAGGAUGCUCGCAGCAUCGCUUGCUGCCGCGACGUGCUGACAGCGGGGACCCCGCCGGGAGCGGGCUGCCGUCCUGCCGGGCCUGAGUCCGUGUCACCGGGCCAGCAGGGCUCUGCAGAAGCAUGAAGAAGAUCUGGGUGAAGAAGCGUUUCCAGAAGUCCGGCCACUCGCGGCGCUUCGGGCGCUUCACGCAUGUUUUCCGCUCCUGCAGGAAACAAAGCUACGACUCGGAGACAGGUGAGGAUGAAUCCAGCGACCCCCAGGUGACACAGCGCAGUGAUCUCCAGGAUGAGACAGCCUUCAGCACCCCCACGGGUGGGUCUGACACCCUCGUGGACGCCUCCAUGAACACCACGCCGACCUCGGUGCUGGCCCUGUCACAGGCAGAGGAGCGCUCCAGCUGGUCAGGCAGCCAGCAGACCGUGGUGGAGAAGGAGACGGAUGCCAGCCUCUCUGCACGGGGACCCUACCUCCGUCCCGCUGCCUGGCCGCAGCCGCAGGGAACCCCAAGGCAAGCAAACACGCCGGCCCCACGUGGCGCCGAGAUCCGGCACCUGGGCGUGGAGCCGCUGGUGCGGGCAUCGCGGGCUAAUCUGGUGGGCACGAGCUGGGGGUCAGAGGAUAGCCUUUCGGUGGCCAGCGACCCGUACGGCAGCGCCUUCAGCCUGUACCGAGGACGGGCGCUCUCGCUCCACGUCAGCAUCCCCCAGGGAGGCUACCGGAGAGAUGACCUCCACAGAGGCCCUGUCUCUCCAAAGCCUGGUGCAGAGCCCCCAAGAUCCCCCGCUGCUCUGCCACUGACUGCCAAGCCACCCAUCGUCCGCUCACCAUCUCCUCGUGCUGGCACGUGUCUGCAGCCGCCCGCUGGCAUCGUAUCCCAGCCUGCUGCCCGUGGCCCUGGCGUCCCCUCCUUCACACCCGUGACCCCUCGCAAGAAGUCCUCAGUGCCGGUAGAGUACCAGGACAUCGUUCCUGAGGAGUACGAGGAGAAGAUCAAGAAACCCAAGUCCUCUGGGUACUCACAGGGUAGCACACAGGAGUCCCGUCCGCAGACACCCAUGAGUGACACCUCCGGCCGCAUCUCCGUCCGGGCAUCCCCCAAGCUGGUGCGUGCUGGCUCCAGGAUCUUUGAGAGGCUGCAGUACUUUGAGGAGCGGCAGAGGAGCCUGGAGCAGGACAGUCCCUUUCCCGCACGCUCCAACCUGCCGCUGCGCAAGACGCGCUCCUUCGACCAGCCUGGCACGGGCGCGCGCCGUGCCAGCACUCCAGGCGGCUCGCGGGAGGACCUGCGGGAAGGCGGCCACUGGGAGCCGGGCAGCACGGCAGCGUGCCGGCGUUUGGCCUUCCGGCAGAAAGCCGCAUCCUUUGACGAGCGGGGCAAGUUCGCCAACCGCGUCUAUGCCAUCGAGCACAAAUUUGCGGAGGAGCUGACCCGCAUCAAGCGGACGGUCUCCAAGCAGCAGCUGCGGCGCUCCCAGGAGCUGUGCAAAGCCGGGUCGCCCCCGGCACCCUCACCUCCAGCGACCAGCGAGCCCCCCGCUACCCGCGCCCCCCGCACCUCUUCCUCUCAGGGCGCUGGUGGACGCAAGGCACUGCCAGCCAAGACCUGCCCGCCAGCAGAGAGCACACACGUCAUCCAGCACCUGGCACUUUCCAGCGUGGUGUUGGUGGGACCCGAUGGGGAGCCACUGCCAGGGGGGCAGCGUGGGAAGAGAGCCCCGGUGGGGGGGGGUGGUGGACAGCUCAGCUCAGUGGAGGAUGCAGGUGCCAGGAAGAGUCUGCAGCAAGAAGGCGUCGGGGAAGUGAAGAAGAAGGAGCAGUGGCCAUUGGCACAAGCCAGCCCACAGGGAAGGGUGGCCCUCUCGCAUGCGGGUCCCGCCGAAGGCAGUGUGUACCCAGAUGGAGGCCCUGCCCGUGGCCCCGGGGCCCUGAGCGAGGCUCUGGCUGCCCGACUGGCUGUGCCCCACGGACUGUACCGGCGGCCAGAGACGCCCACAGAAGUGCGGUUCCUGCCUUGGGCAAAGCCGGGGAUGGAGCAGGAAGCUCGUCUGGAACGAAGCUGGGCAGGACAGCAUGGUGUGGGCAGGGAGGUGGAGAGAAGGCAGAUGAAAGUGUCAGAGAAGAAAGAGAGUGGCCGGAUGGCUCAAGAAGGCAGGAGCACACGGAGCAAGGGGAAGGGACGCCGAGCCAGGCCCACUUCUCCAGAGCUAGAGUCCUCAGAUGACUCCUAUGUCUCAGCGGGUGAAGACCCCCUGGAAGCCCCCAUCUUUGAGAUCCCCAUCCAGGACAUGGCCGUUGUCGUGGGGGCAGAGGUGCUGCUCAAGUGCAUUGUCACGGCCAACCCCCAGCCAGAAGUGUCGUGGAGGAAGGACGGGGUCCCGCUGCGGAGCAGCACGACGCGCCCCAUCAAGGCGGAGGGCGAGCGCCACACGCUGCUGGUGCGUAGUGCCCGGGUGGCCGACGCCGGGCUGUACACUGUCACCGCGGCCAACGAGGUGGGGGCCACCUGCUGCAGUGCCAUCCUCAGCGUGCGGCCCGCACCCGCUGUGGAGCGGCAUGGGAACUUGCCCCCCACCGUUGGCCAGGCCAGCCCCAUCACAUCGGACGAGGAGUACCUGAGCCCAUUGGAAGAGUUCCCCGAGUCUGGCACCCCCCAGCACCGACCGGCCAUGAAGCUGCAGCCAAGAGCAGAGCAUGGGGCUGCCCGUGGCUCCCCUGAGACCACCUUCAAGGCUUCUCCCAGCUUUGAGGUAUCCUUGUCGGACCAGUCAGUGCUGGAGGGGCAGGAUGUUAGCAUGAGCGUUCGUGUCCGUGGGGAGCCCAAGCCCAUCAUUUACUGGCUGAGAAACAGGCAGCCGGUGAAGUAUGGCCGCCGGCACCACGCGGAGGAAGCAGAGGGAGUGCGGGGGCUCUUCACGCUGCACAUCCUGGCGGCGGAGCACACUGACACCGGCUUCUACACCUGCAAGGCCGUCAAUGAGUAUGGCACCAAGCAGUGCGAGGCCAAGCUGGAAGUCAGAGCUCGCCCCGAGUGCCAGUCCCUGGCCAUCGUGGUUCCCCUGCAGGACUUGGUGGUCGGGGCGGGGGAGCUGGCGGUCUUUGAGUGCAUGGUGGCCGGCCCGCCAGACAUGGACGUAGAUUGGCUGUCCCGGGGCCGGCUGCUCCAGCCUGCACUGCUCAAAUGCAAGAUGCAUUUUGAUGGGCGCAAGUGCAAGCUGCUGCUCACCUCUGUGCAUGAAGAUGACAGCGGAAUCUACACCUGCAAGCUCAGCACUGCCAAAGAUGAGCUGACCUGCAGUGCCCGACUGACGGUGCAGCCCUCUGUGCAGCCACUCUUCACCCGCAAGCUGGAGGAUGUGGACGUGGUGGAAGGGCGGACAGCGCGUUUUGUCUGCAUGAUCAGUGGGACUCCCCCUCCGACGGUUACCUGGACUCACUUUGGCCUGCCAGUGCAGGAGGGGGAGAACGUGCGGAUUCAGCAGGAUGGAGGGCUGCACUCACUGGUCAUUGUGCAUGUGGGCAGUGAAGAUGAAGGGCAGUACAAGGCAACCGCCAGGAACAUCCACGGCCAUGUGGAGUGCUCUGCCGAGCUCUAUGUGGAGGAGCCACGGCCAUCUGCAGCCUCCCAGAUCUCUAAGCUGGAGAAGAUGCCAUCCAUCCCGGAGGAGCCAGAGCAGGUGGAGACAGAGGCAGAGUGCUUCACCAUGCCUGAUUUCCUGAAGCCACUGCACAACCUGGAUGUGGUGGAGUCGAAGGAGGCUGUGCUGGAGUGCCAGGUGGCCGGGAUGCCCUACCCCUCCAUCACCUGGUACCACAAUGGCUCCCGAAUUGACAGCACUGAUGACCGCAAGAUGAUGCAAUAUAAAGACAUCCAUCGUCUGGUAUUCACAUCUGUGAGCCAUGCACAUGCUGGUGUCUACAAAAGUGUCAUUGCCAACAAAGUGGGGAAGGCCACGUGCUAUGCACACCUCUAUGUCACUGGUAAGCAGCAGCAGACACCACUUGGGAUGUGUGGCCACUCACAGCCACUCUGCCAGGCUGUGACCCAGGAUUGUCGUGACGUCCUAGGGGAAUAGGAUGACAGGGCAGUU